AUGCAGAGACAGGCUCAGCAGGCCAGAUUUGAAUUAGGACAUGCCGAAAGAUCCAAACACCGCAAGAAGAAGAUGGCCUUGAGCAUACAACCAUCUACUCCAACAGAAGGUUCCACAAGAAAGAAUAUUUCUACUAGGAGCCCGGAAAUCGGAUGGUCUCGACCGAGAGGGAAGUACCCUAUCAGGGUUAUUGUCGGCCCUGAGAAGUUGAAGGUUGUGAUUCGGGAGAAAUCGGAGGACGGCAUCAUUGAUGUCUAUAGUGGGAAGGAUCCCCCUUUCUCACCUACUGGGUUAUCAUUCCUUGAGGAAUUCCAAAAAAGACAUUCGGCCACCAAUCUAUACGAAAUGGUCCCGGAAUAUCGAGAGAUUGUCGAGCUAGCCCUCAAGAACCCAAAGGCCGAAGAAAUGCCCAUCACCAAGAGUUCUUACCCAGCGACCAAAGCCUUGUACCUAGCAAACCGUGAGGCUAGGGCUAAAGGAUUUUUAGCUUACAAGCCUUACAUUUGUGGAAAAGAUUCGGAUCGGUCGACUAGAUGA